AACACAAUGACUUGGAUGAGACAACCUAAAUGGGGAGGACACUGCUGCCGUAACCAGGGAGCCCUUAAACCCCAGCUAAGCUAACCAUUUCUUCCUUUCUUAAAUCCGUCCAUGCGGCAUAUAAACACGACGAACCCACUUCUUCCAUUGACCAGAGAUUUUUUUUUUUUUUUUUUUUUUUUUUUUCCUGACGAUCCACGAUAGUCUGAUCCUUGGAGACAUAUGGCUGGAAAAUGAAACGACCCGGGAGUGUGGCCACAUCGUUCUGUGUGGUGUAAUACCAGAUGGGCACUGUGAACGGCGCAGAGAUGUGAAUGGACAGUUUGAAAUGGGAAUUUUCCCCCAUCGAGCAGGUUCCAUUGCCCUCUCCUGUCUCUUGGUAUAACGUACUAGCUUUUGCCCUUCUCUGCAGUAUCAAUUAACUCAACUUGGAGGUGGAGUGGCCAGAGAGGAAGGAAUGAAGCAAUCUGGCUAAUCUUGCUAGCUGCGGAGCGGCAGAACCUGGAACUGCGACCGGGUGCAGAUCUUCCGACUGCGCCCCGAGGCAUGGAGCGCACAGGCGCCCGCGGGGACCCAGGCCCGGCCGGGAGAGCCGGUUGCUGAGCUCCCGAGUCCGCCAGGCCUCCGCCUCCUUGCGCCCUCUGCCUUUACUGUCAGUGUCGCCCCUCUCAAAGAGUCAUGGAAGAAGGCCCGCUGCCAGACCUCAGAGAUAUCGAGCUGAAGCUGGGGCGCAAAGUGCCCGAGAGCCUAGCGCGCUCACUGCGCGGGGAGGAGCUGGCGCCCCGAGAAGGGGCUGCGGACCCCAGCGGGGUUGGCGGGAGCUGCAGUAGCAGCAGCAGCUGCAGCAGUUUUGCUCCCUCUGUGUCCUCCUCCUCUUCAUCCUCCCCUGCCUCUGGCUCUCCACGACGUAGCCACCCCAGCGCCCUGGAGAGGCUGGAGACCAAACUGCACGUCCUCAGGCAGGAGAUGGUUAACCUCAGAGCCACAGAUGUGAGGCUCAUGCGCCAGUUGCUCCUCAUCAAUGAGAGCAUUGAGUCCAUCAAGUGGAUGAUUGAGGAAAAGGCCACCAUCACCAGCCGAGGCAGCAGUCUCAGUGGCAGCCUGUGCAGCCUGCUGGAAAGUCAGGGUACUUCCUUACAUGGCAGCUACAAUAGCCUCCACGAUGGCAGUGAUGGGCUGGAUGGCAUCUCUGUGGGGAGCUAUCUGGACACUCUGGCAGAUGAUGUACCAGGCCAUCAGACCCCUUCGGACUUGGAUCAGUUCAGUGACAGCUCCAUCAUAGAGGACUCCCAGGCUCUGCACAAGCAUCCCAAGUUGGAUUCUGAGUACUACUGCUUUGGCUAAUGACCCAGUUUUUUGCAUGGGACUGGUGUGCAAUUAACUUGUAUGUAUCCUUCUUCUCUGCUGCUAUAUUUUUGGUGUGAUUUAUUUUAAUAAGGCAACCUUUUUAAAGAAGCUUAUUUUUAAACUGCUUAAUGGUAUUCUUUUGCUCCUAAUAUUUCUCAUCUAGACUGAUUUAUUUUUCUCUGUUACAUUUUUAUUUUUAUUUAUUACAAUAAGCUUCCUCCCCUCUUUUAUAGUAGCACAGACAAAUAGAGGGGAAAGAAUAAGCAAUAAUUGUUUCCGCUUAUGUUUUCAGAGCAAGGGGUCAGGGAUUAUAAGGAAAACUUUACUAAAUUUUACAAUAAACCAAAGUCUGAUAACUUCA